AUGUCAUCCCUUAAAAAGUGCUUGAAGCAGGCAAAGCAGUACAUAGAAGUUAAUGAUCCUGAGUCCGCUCUUGAUUCCAUAACCGAUGCGCUUGAGUUCGAUCCAGAUAACUACUUUGCCUAUGUGUUCCAGGGAAAGUCAUAUCAGCUCCUCAAUGAUUUUCCAAAAGCUGCCAAAUCCUUUCAUAGAGCAACAGAGAUAGAACCCGACAACUUGUUAGGUUGGAAAGGAUACUUCCAAUUGGCGAAGUCUGGUGAUGAUAUCAACUUGUUCUUUGAUACAUUGACUGGGUUGGUCAGCAAACAAAUGGAACAAGAGUUACCAGUAGCUGAUACUGGUAAAGAUGCAAUUAACUAUUUACAAUACCAUGGCUAUAAAAAUAACGACGACCUAUAUGAAAAGUACCUUAGAAGCAUCUUGCCUGGAACAGUCCUUGGCGACUCCCAGCAGUUUUUGUCGCCUCAGAGGGCAUUGACCGAUUUGGUAGAAUUGACUAAGAGGAAAGAAAAAGCAUCGAUUACGAGCUUAUUAUCUAAGGAGAAGAUGAGAUUGCCAAGAGUAUUGACUGCUGAGCACAAGGCGAGAUUGAAUGACUUGAAAUGGUCGGUGUAUAAGAAAUCUGACUUGGCCAAGUUAAUGGAGCAAUUGAUCAAUGUAACUGACGACGACGAAAUCAGACAAAAGUAUGAAAGUGAAUUCUUAGAAUACAAGUAUGAGUUGCUUUUAUCCUCGCCUCAAAAGGUGAAAUUACAGACGGAAAUUAAGGAAUUGGUGGAAGGACUAAUUGUCGUUAAGCAUCCAAGUUUACUUUGUUGGCAAUUGUACUUCGAUUGGUUAGAUGUGAAGAAUUUGGGAGAAGAGUUGGAUUUAAAUAACAUCAUUUUCUUCUUACAGAAUUUUCAAUCACUGGGACUUGGAAUGGUCAUUUAUGCAUAUGUUAUGAGUGACAUCUCUCCGUUUAAUAAAAAUGAAGUUGUGAAAAGAUUGAAGGAAUCCAAGGGCCCAUCUUCAACAUCAACUUCGGAUAACGUUGGUGAUGUAGACGCUAAAAGUUAUAACGCUGCCAGUGACUUGUCUGAUGAAAUGGAUGCCGACGCUGCCCUUUUAACGCUUGAAGAUAAUGAACCAAUCGGUGACCCCGAAUUGAGUAUUUCCCCAAAGCAAACACUCGCCAUUUUAACUGAAGGAUUUGAGAGUUGUUCGUCUUCCGUAUUCGCAUCAAGAAUUGUUUGCAAUUACUACAUUCAUCUCAGAGCAUACGAAGAAGGAUCUUUAAAAUGUCGUGAUUCAAUUCGCUUGUUGGCAGAUCUACAGAGAUCUACAGGAAUUGACUUAGUUCACACUAGAGAAGACUUUUUGAGCUCAUUGGCUAUAAUAUAUACGUAUUACGAAGCACCUAAGAAUUUUGGUAAAGCUCUUCAAUUAUAUGAUCGGAUCUUGACUGAUAACAAAGAUAAUGUUAAAGCAAUCGUCGGAAAGGGUUUGAUUCUUAUUGAAAAAAACCAAUUGCAACCUGCUAAAGAGAUUUUGCAGGAGGUUGUUGACAAAUUCCCAAACAACGUUAGCUCUCAGCAGGCCUUAAUCGAACUUAACUGGUGUAAUAUUCGAUUAGGUGAAUAUUCCAAGGGGAGAUCGGGAUUGUUAGAAGCAUUGUCGAAUAUAAGAGGAACUGAUGUUCAUAGUGGCGAAACACGAGCUGUGAUACAUUGGAGAAUAUCAACAAGUUAUGAGAAGGAACAGAACUUUGAAGAAUGUUUCAAGCAUCUUAUUCAAUCUUUAAAGGAAUCGAAAAACUUUGCGCCAGCUUACACGUCAUUAGGUGUAUUGUAUGAAGAGCAAUACCAAGAUAAGUCAAGAGCACAAAAAUGCUUCUAUAAGGCGUUUGAAUUGGAUGUUGGUGAAAUUAGGUCGGCAAGGUAUUUAGUCGCAGAUUUGACAAACAAUAAUGAGUGGGAGGUCGCCGAAGUCUUAUGUAAAAGAAUAGUCACCACGGAAAGGUCCCGUAGAAUGUUGUUCAACGAGGACAAAGAUAAUUUGGAAGAUACUGAUCGUUCAUGGCCAUAUAGGGUCUUAGGCUGUGCUGCCUUGAAUAGACAAGAAGACGAUAAGGCAGUUGAAUGGUUUCAAACUGCCUUGCGUAUGACAAGUAUGGACGUUCAGUGUUGGAUUGGAUUGGGUGAAGCAUACUAUAACUGUGGAAGACUCGACGCUUCAGCUAAAGUUCUUAGACAUACAGUUAGCUUAACUGCUGCUAGUGAUAAGGAUAACGCUUCUACUCUUUGGGUGGUACAGUACAUGCUUGGUGUAGUAUUGAGCGAAAUGGGUCAAUUUGACAGUGCAAUUCUACAAUUGACCGCAGCCUUAGAGUUAAGGGACAACAAUGAAGAAUGCGUCAUUCAUGCUUUAUACGAGAGUAUGAUCAAUAAUGCAACAAAAUUGGUUUUAAGUGGAUUUAUUGGUAGAGCAAUUGAAAUGAACUCCAGAGCCGUGGAGCUAAUUUUGAAAGGUGUUCAAAUUAAUUCAAAAUCACAAAAGUUGUGGAAAGAUUUAGGUGACUGUAUUAGAAUAUUCAAUAUUAUUCAAGAUGAAAGUAAUGAAGAAUUACUCAAAUCGAAAGUUAUGAAAAUCUUACAUUCUGUUGAAGAGGAUUUGAGUAAUGGUUUCAUGGAAGAAUUAAAGGAAAUUGAUGAAUUCGAGAGAGAAAGCGUUAGAGGGAUGGAGAACUAUACUAAAUUUGUUAGUAUCCUCAGUAUUCUUGCCGCUAAAAAUGCAAUACAUGUCUUACCGCCGAAAUCCAAUAAGCUUCUCAGAUCGAUGGCAUAUUACAAUUUAGGCUUAGCUUAUUUGGAAGCUUUCAAAAGUUGUAGCCAGAACUCCCUUAGAGAAGCAUCUAUCAAAUGUUUGAAAAAAUCCAUUCAGCUAGAAAACUCAAACGCAACUUACUGGGUGACUCUUGGAAAUGCAUUUGCAUCAUCUAAUCCUCAAAUUUCACAGCAUUGCUUUAUUAAAGCUACUGCUUUGGAAUCUAGAGAUGCAGACAUUUGGACCAAUUUGGCUGCGUUGUACUUAAGAUACGGUGAUCACAAGUUGGCAGAAGAGGCAUUUUUAAGAGCGCUGUCGGUAGCCCCACAACAACCCCAAUCUUGGCUCGGACAUGCAUUGACAGUACAAGCUGGUGGGAAACAAGAGGAAGCCACUAGACUAUUUAAUCAUGCAUAUAUAUUGGCUAAUGGAAGAUCCUCUCUUGCUCAAUUGUUAUAUGGUUUAUCAAUUAUUACAAAGAGACUUAAAACAGGUGUUGAUCCCAGAGAUAUCCAAGCAUCACAAGAAUUCAGUGUUGCUAAUUUUGCCAUGAAUAAUUAUUUGAAAUUUUCACCAAAUGAUGAAGUAGGUUUGAGUGUUGCAUUGAUUAUUAGUGAACGUUGUAAAGACUACAUUAAAGGGAUUGAAAUUGGUAAUAGAUUAAUAGAUAUAUUGGAGAAGAAGUAUGAAGAUGAUUCAGAAAAUGAAACCACUUUAAUUUCAUUUGCUCGUGCUAAGACCCAAGUUGCAAGAAUGUACCUUGGCAUUGGAGAGUAUGACAAAGCCCUUGAAAACGCUGAAUUUGGAUUGAAUAUAAUUGGUGAAGAAGAUGACGAUGAUACCGUGGAAGAGUCAAGCUCUUUGGUGUUAUCUGCCAGAAUAACUAUUGGACUUGCAUUUUUCUUUUCUGAUCAAUUUGAUGAUGCUUUAGAUCAAUUGAAAGUAAUUCUAAACAAGAGACCCGACUCACAGCGACUUGUUACUUUGAUUGCCCAAAUUUUGUAUGCCUAUAGUAAUGAAGAUACCAAACAAGCAGCAAUUGACCAAUUAUUUAAUCAUAUUGAGGAAUAUGGUUCAACAUUACUUGUUGUCCUAACAUUGGGGGCUAUUUCGAUUGUGGACGACUUGGAUGAUUACCUUGGAGCAAUUCGUGAAGAAUUACAAGGGUUGUCAUUGAAUGAAGUUAUUGGUGAUUCUUUCAGAUCAGUCCCUCAAUUAAUUAGUGAGAUUAACAAGAGAAUUGAUAGUAAGGAUGCUCCUGAUUAUACUUGGCAGAGAAAUGCGGUGUUCUUCCCGCAAGAUUACAAUGUGUGGAAGAACGUGAAUACAGAAAUGGCCUUCAAAGUGGCUACUCUUAAGGAGACCAAGCUUAAUGCAGUCGAUGUAUCCCAUGCUUACGUAGAGACUGGGAAGCUUAGAGCCAUUCAGAGAGGUAUUAUUUUUGAUCCUAUGAACUCAAUUGCGGUGGAGGCAUUAAACAAGUGUAUCUAG